CCAUCACAUAUUCGAAAAUAUUUGAACUAACACUUCAAGCAUUAAGUGCAACAAUCUGUCAUUUUUUUUACCAAGAGGGACCUGCCGCCACAGAGGCACCUCCUCGUACAUAGGGAUUAAGUGAUUUUUCUUGAAGAUGUUCAUGCAUUUCAAUAACUUUAACCGUUGUUCAGCUACUACAACAAUUUGACGUAAAUUGAAGUAAAGUCCCGAGUUCAACGCAAGAAUCCGCUUUUCCGUUUUGAAUUUUUUGUUGGGUUAUUGGUGAGCUGAUAAGAAUGUACACUUAAUUUUAACGACGUGUAUAUGAAGGCAGAAAUGAGCUUUUAUGGAAAAUCCGAAAGAAGCGAUACACGGCUGGUCGCUUAAAUAAAUCACGCUGAACUUUUUUGAGGCUGGGCUGCCGUCGAAGGAACUUGGUUGAUGACUUUUCCAGAUAAGUCAACAGACAACUGAAGACUAGGAAUGAGACGAUAGACUUCCGCCCUCCUAUAUUCAGUCAGUUAGAAGACGAGGCGGGUCAAAAUACAUCAUAAAUGACCAUAUUUUCUUAGCUGCUGGAUUGUGUUUUCUCAAGUUAAGCGCAUUUCACUCCUUUCAUUAAAAGUUACACAGAUGAAUAACGGCAACAGCAUGACCAAAUAAGUAAUUCGAGAACAGUGCUAUAGUCGAUAAGCAAAAGCGCUGGGCGAUAACGGAAAAAUUGGAAACGUCUCACUAAUUAGGUUCAUCGAGGUCAGACUUUCAACUUGAUAACGUGUAUACUAUACAGUAUGUUUUAUCCAGAAAUUGAAAUAAUGAGAGAAGCGUACUAUCGCGAGCAAAAAGUCGCAGAGAAAGAUUAAAGCCUCGCAGCAGCAAUCAGUACUACCAAACAACCCCAACACCCACAAUAAAUUUGAAUUGGAUAUCCACGACACUUGUCGGAUGUGGCCAAUUUACUCAAACUAGAAUUGGGGAGGAGGGAAAUAGGCUUGUCCACGAAAGUGGAUGAAGGGAAAGAAAGAGAAAAAAAGAAGGACCCAUUUCUCAGCAGCUAAAGUGGAAGAGCAUUCAUCACAUCUGCAAACGCCCUUCCCUUCCUUGGAACACGUGUUAGCUGUCCCCAAAAAAUCAUGUUCUCACCCAAAAAGCGCUCACGAUAUCGAGUGCCUUUUCUCUGAGCAUUCUGCCGUUUCAUUCAUUGGUAAUCACAGUCGGUAAUUCAAAACAAACUAAAGAUACGCAAGAAAUCUCUUUGAUUUAUGUACAGUUGUUAUUUCAUUUCAUGUUGGUACGCCUUAUCAAAUCUUGAUUGUGAUUUAAGAUAAUGCUGGGAACAUAACACGCUUGAAGCAGAAUAUGUUUUAAAAUGCAUGUGUAUGUUUGGGAACCAUACGCACAAAAGUUAUUGAAUUAUAAAUAAAAACCAUGAAUGUAUCUCGUUUCAUACCCCAAUAAAGAAACAAAAAAGCCGUUUCAGACUCAUGUUGAGGAGGGAAAAGGACAUUGGCUACGAGCUUCAGCGUACCAGCUGGUAGCAAUUAAGUCGGCCAUCCUCAGACAAACUGGGCGAGAGAAGCGAGGACUUUCAGUGGCUGUCCAGGCCUUCCCUAGUCAACACAUGUUCGUCACGGAACUUGGGACAACCAACUUUGCAUUGUCUCGCCGUUUUCAACAACAUUUAACUUGUGUACAUCUGACAAGCCAGACUUGAGUGAAACGUGAAAUUUAGUUUGAAACAAUUCAAAAAUAAAUUGGUGGCAAAUGCCUAUGGAGAUGGACAUAAUGAGUCGAUCCAACUAUGGCGAAGCAGGCUUACACAAAAACAAGAGGCGUCGUUCUGCCAAAAGCCACGCAAUCAACGAUGAUCCGCCUGUGAAGAAAUCAAACAGGAAUAAGGACUCUACAUGUAGUGCAAACCCUGUGUUCAACGAAUUCCUCAUUUUAAAUUCUUCGUCACCGGGAACCGAAGAUGGUCAAAAGCCACGGUCGCAUGCCAACGCUCGCGAAAGGGAUCGUACUCAUAGUGUAAACAGCGCAUUCACUGCAUUGAGAACUUUGAUUCCCACUGAGCCGGCUGACAGGAAACUUUCCAAAAUUGAAACAUUGCGCCUCGCAUCUAGUUACAUUGCGCAUCUUGGAACUCAGCUUGUAGCAGGUCCCAUGGACCAACCCUGUUUAAAGCACAAUUUGCCAACUCCGGGCUACGACAGUACCAAUCCUCGGCCGGUUUGCACCUUUUGUCUGGCCAGUAUGAAAAAAAUGCAAAAAAGUCUUGACGGAUUCUGUUAUCGCGAAGCAAGCCAGCCAUCUAAUAUUGAUCCUUCAAGUAUAAUUCACGAGCUUCCCAAUAUAAUAUCGACAACGUCUUCCGACCCGUUCGAACAUAACCUGAACCUUCUUUUUUACUGAAUAAUUUGUCAGAUACUCUUGCAAGUUAUAAGUGUCCCUGUUGUUUUGUACUUUAUAUAGAUACCAAAAGGACUUGCAUUCUAAUAAUCGUGUAUUUCAGGGAAUCUAGGAUUAUUCGUCCUUUAACAUACUUUGGGAUUAUCAUUUUCGAAAAAUAAAAUUUAAUAGAUAUACAA